AUGGACCCGAGGACUACUCAAACAUCCAAAGCCGAUGUUGGCUUACUCCUUGCAAAGGGCAAGCUCGUUGGCUGUCUGACCACCGGUCAGUCCAAGAGAUCUACUCUCGAUUCCUCCGAUGUCAACAACUUCCACAAUCUGCUACAGCUCGCCUUGAACGACUCCACUCGCUGCACCAAAGAGUUCAAAAAGUGCACAGCCUGGAUUGUAUGCCAUGUUGCCAAGUCGCGUCGCAGGGUUGCUGCUUUUGGAGACUAUCUCCUGAAACUCUCCGAUUCUUUGCUGCCACCAGACAUCCACUCUGAUUUGGAAAAGUCUGCCCUAUCACGCGCGCAAAUUGCUUUGAGUCUACUUCAUUUAAUAGAUGCCAUCUUCUUCCGCAUUCAUCAAAACCCAGGCCGACUACUUCGCAAGCCGCUCGAAACCUACUUAACCUUCGCCAAAGCUAUCGAGCCCACUGUUUUUCAACUUGUUUCAUCUGCUGCUGUCAGUCGCGGUAUUCAGGGUCUUACUCUUCACCAAGAUCUAGCUUGUCUGCUCCAUCACUGGACUCAGGAGCGCCUGUUCACCAAGCGCAUACGUCUUGAACUCCGCAAUAUCGCACGACAAGCCUAUGUCGGGUGGCUGCAUUGGACAGCAAGGGUUCACCCGUCAUAUUACGACAAGCUGAUCACGAGGAUAUUUUCCGAAAAUACCGAAGAUGACAUUCCAGAUACACAUGGCCUACCAAGGGAUGCCUGGUUCGACCUUCCAGUUGGAACCAUGGUUCAUGCAAUGAAGACCACGAAACCCGGCAACCCUGUGAGGACGGGUCAAAUUAAACCGCUCGAAAUGCCCACUGCUUCAAUCGACCCUGACAUGAUGCAAACAGUCCUCGAUCACAUUGAGGAAUGCAAGGACAUCGAUGCAUUACCCAACGUAUCUACGACAGCGGAUGACGACGAGUUCGUCCUUAAUGGUCUGGGCCUUCGGCUAAGCAAAGAUUCAAUGAGCAACGAAGACAAGCCCAACUACAGAGUGGUCGAAGGAUACUACGGCUUCAGUGUGCCUUUCAUGAAAAUCUUCCAGAACAUUGAGAAGAAUCCAUUCACUGGACCAGAGCGCCCACAGAACUGGAUGCCCCCACCUCCGCCCGAAAUGGCCCAGCCUCCGCCUUUUCACACAGGUUUUCCACCAAACGUGCCACCACCGAACAGGGAUGUAUCGCACAUCGUGGGCUCCAACUACAGGCAAAAUGACUAUGGCCGGGGGAAUAAUACAGGUUGGCGAGGUGAUGAGAUGCAAGGCGGGAGGGGAGGAGGGAACUGGCGAGGACGAGGCCGUGGUUGGGAUCGUGGUAAUGGUGGCGGUGGUGGUGGCGGUGGUGGUGGUGGUUAUAGGCCAUACUAA